GGGGACAGCCCGGUGGAAGCACGUGACCUGGGUCUGGAGCCGGAAGCUACCUAUCUGAUAAGGAGCGCCCCCAGCACCUAAGGCUGCGAUGACUUCUGCACUGACCCAGGGGCUGGAGCGAAUCCCAGACCAGCUUGGCUACCUGGUGCUGAGUGAAGGCGCAGUGCUGGCGUCAUCUGGGGAUCUAGAGAAUGACGAGCAGGCAGCCAGUGCCAUCUCUGAGCUGGUCAGUACGGCCUGUGGUUUCCGGCUGCACCACAGCACAAGCAUACCCUUCAAGCGCCUGUCGGUGGUCUUUGGAGAACACACGCUGCUGGUGACCGUGUCAGGACAGAGGGUAUUUGUGGUGAAGAGGCAGAACCGAGGCCGGGAGCCUGUUGACGUCUGAGCCUGCCAGAGGGCAAGGGGCAGAGGUGGAUUGGGUCCAUGGGCCUCUGUGAUGAGGAAGACACAAACCUCCUCCAUCUCUUUCUUGGCUUGCUGCUAGAACUAAGGCUUUCUCCUCACCCACUUCCCCACCCCUACCUGGAAGGGCAGAGGCUUGGGAACUUUGCACUGUGUCAGGGAGAGUGAGGGCAGGGGGAUCUCCCUCUUCCCUCCCUCCCUCCUAAUAAACAUGAGUCUGAUGUU